GGUGUUUAUUAUUAUACUGGGGGAUACACGUGGUUGUAUCAAUAUUUGAACGUUAAUAAUGUAUUUGAAGUAUUAUUUAAAUGAAAAUGGAGAUCGGAUUUACACGCUUAAAGAUACGGAUCAGGAGGGCAAACCGACUGUAUCGGCUCAUCCUGCCAGAUUUUCCCCAGAAGAUAAAUAUAGCAAACACAGACUCAUUAUAAAGAGAAGAUUUCAUUUGCUUCCCAUACAAAAGGAAAAGCAAACGUAUUAAUAUUUUGUAUUGUGAUUCGGUGAACUUGUACAAUAAACUGCUAAAUAUUUUGACAGAUUAAA